ACGGUUGGUGUUUGCGAGUCCUUCGCGGCGCCUUUUGCCGCGACCUGCGCCUCAGGACUCCCGCGGCGGUUCGGCCGGCGCGCGUCCGCGUCACGUGGGCCGAAGCUCCCCAGUCGACUCCCGCCGGUGGCUGAGGCGGGAGGAAGGGGCACUGGUACACUGCUCGCCUGGUCCGUGCGCCCCAAGACCGGCGCGCGCUUAAAAAUGGCGAAAUGGGGGUAGCCGGCCUCGAACUUGAAGCGAUGGGGCGCGCAGGUGGGGCCGUUGUUGGAGCCCCCUGAGGUGGGCUCCUGGCUGUUCCCGGACGAGUUGACCUGGCGACCUCGGGCCGUCACUUAAUAGGGCCGACCACGGACUCCGCGGGUCGUUACGGGCCCCGCCGAGAGCCGGAGGCAAUGGACGAACAGAGUGUGGAGAGCAUUGCUGAGGUUUUCCGAUGUUUUAUUUGCAUGGAGAAAUUGCGGGAUGCUCGCUUGUGUCCUCAUUGUUCCAAGCUUUGUUGCUUCAGCUGUAUUAGGGCCCUUUGCUCUCUGUGCUUGUCCUUCUCUCUGCCAGUCCUGCUCAACUUACCCUAUCCUUCCUGUGCUCCACUUCAGCUCCGAGAACUAGUAAACUGUCGUUGGGCAGAAGAAGUAACACAACAGCUUGAUACUCUACAACUCUGCAGCCUCACCAAACAUGAAGAAAAUGAAAAGGACAAAUGUGAAAAUCACCAUGAAAAACUUAGUGUAUUUUGCUGGACUUGUAAGAAGUGUAUCUGCCAUCAGUGUGCACUUUGGGGAGGAAUGCAUGGUGGACAUACCUUUAAACCUUUGGCCGAGAUUUAUGAACAACAUGUCACUAAAGUGAAUGAGGAAGUAGCCAAACUUCGUCGACGUCUUAUGGAACUCAUUAGCUUGGUUCAAGAAGUGGAAAGAAAUGUAGAAGCUGUAAGAAAUGCAAAAGAUGAACGUGUUCGGGAAAUUAGAAAUGCAGUAGAGAUGAUGAUUGCACGACUAGAUACACAGCUGAAAAACAAGCUUAUUACACUGAUGGGUCAAAAGACAUCUCUAACCCAAGAAACAGAGCUAUUGGAAUCCUUACUUCAGGAGGUGGAACACCAGUUGCGGUCUUGUAGUAAAAGUGAACUGAUAUCUAAGAGCUCAGAGAUCCUAAUGAUGUUUCAGCAAGUUCAUCGAAAACCCAUGGCAUCUUUUGUUACCACUCCUGUUCCUCCAGACUUUACCAGUGAAUUAGUACCAUCUUAUGAUUCAGCAACUUUUGUUUUAGAGAAUUUCAGCACUUUGCGCCAGAGAGCAGAUCCUGUGUACAGCCCACCUCUACAAGUUUCAGGCCUUUGCUGGAGAUUAAAAGUUUACCCAUACUGGAAUUUGACCUCAGGAUAUGAAUAUCGUGUAGAGAUGGUUCAUCAAUCCUGCAAUGAUCCUACCAAAAAUAUCAUUAGAGAAUUUGCAUCGGACUUUGAAGUUGGAGAGUGUUGGGGCUAUAAUAGAUUUUUCCGUUUGGAUUUAUUGGCAAAUGAAGGAUACUUGAAUCGACAAAAUGAUACAGUGAUUUUGAGGUUUCAGGUACGUUCACCAACUUUUUUUCAAAAAUGUCGGGACCAGCAUUGGUAUAUUACUCAGUUGGAAGCUGCACAGGCAAGUUACAUCCAACAAAUAAACAACCUUAAGGAGAGACUUACCAUUGAGCUGUCUCGAUCUCAGAAAUCAAGAGAUUUGUCACCACCAGAUAAUCAUCUUAGUCCCCAAAAUGAUGAUACUCCGGAGAUAAGAGCUAAGAAGUCUGGAUCAUGUUCUGACAUGCUUCUUGAAGAUGGUCCUACUACAGCUUCUGUAAGGGAAGCCAAAGAGGAUGAAGAUGAGGAGAAGAUUCAGAAUGAAGAUUAUCAUCAUGAGCUUUCAGAUGGAGAUCUGGAUCUGGAUCUUGUUGGUGAAGAUGAAGUAAAUCAUCUCGAUGGAAGCAGUUCCUCUGCUAGUUCUACAGCAACAAGUAACACAGAGGAAAAUGACAUUGAUGAAGAAACAAUGUCUGGAGAAAAUGAUGUAGAAUACAGCAACAUGGAAUUGGAAGAGGGAGAACUCAUGGAGGAUGCGGCUGCUCCAGAACCUCCAGGUAGUACCCAUGGCUAUGUGGGUGCCAGUAGCAGAAUGUCAAGAAGAGCACAUUUAUGCUCUGCUGCUACCGGUAGUUUAUUAGACAUUGAUCCUUUAAUCUUAAUACAUUUAUUGGACCUUAAGGACCGGAGCAGUAUGGAAAACUUGUGGGGCUUACAGCCUCGCCCACCUGCUUCACUUUUGCAGCCCACAGCCACACAUAAGAAGAAUAAUUCACCCAAGCCAGCUCGGUGCAGCAUAGCAGGUAAUCUAUCACUUCGAAGAGCAGUGGACUCUGGGGAAAAUAGUUGUUCAAAAGGAGACCGUCAGACCUUGUCUGAAGGCUCCACAGGCAAUUCUCAGUCUGGGAGCAGGCACAAUUCUCCCCGAGCCUUGACACAUGGCAUUAUUGGGGACAUUCUGCCCAAAACUGAAGACCGUCAGUGUAAAGCUUUGGAUUCAGAUGCUGUUGUGGUUGCAGUUUUCAAUGGCUUGCCAACUGUUGAGAAAAGAAGGAAAAUGGUCACCUUGGGGGCUAAUACUAAAGGUGGUCGUCUAGAAGGAAUGCAGAGAACUGACUUGGAAAAUAAUUCUGAAACUGGGGAGUUACAACCUAUACCUGAAGGAGCUUCAGCAGCCCCUGAGGAAGGAAUCAGUAGCGACAGUGAUAUUGAAUGUGACACUGAGAAUGAGGAGCAAGAGGAACACCCCAACAUGGCUGGGUUUAAUGACCCUUUCAUGGCACAGCCCCCGGAUGAAGACACGCAUUCCAGUUUUCCUGAGGGUGAGCAAAUAGACCCUGAAACUCUCCACUUCAGCACUGAUGAAAACAGUGGAAGGUAAUUGCAGAUCAAGAGAACCGAGUUACAAGCUUCUUUGAUUGUGAACUUUGUGUAGUUGGUGCUCAGUGUCAUCAUCAGACAGAUAUCAGAUAUAAUAUCAGUUUUUCAUCUCUACCUAAAAUAGUAAUUCAGAAACUUAGAAACAAGCACAGUUAUAUAUGACAGCAGAAAAUUGGGGAAAAUUAAUCGGAUGAGAAGAAUUUUAUUAUUAUCAAAUAGCACUAUUAUCCUUAAUUAAUUUAGUACAGUAAUAAAAGGCAGUCUUUGUCCUGUAACAGGCCAAAUAAGUGCCAGCAAAUGUAGAAACAUGCAUGCUCCCUGUCACUUGUCAUUGGUGCUCUUCGCUCUUUGGCUAGAUACUAAGGUAUAAGUGAUCAAUUUUCUGUUUUGGUUGUUAAUCAGUGUAUAGCUAGUGAACAGAAAGAUUACUUAAGAGUAGAUUCUGUCCUUUAGACACUUGAUAUGAAUAAUUGAGGCACUAUAGACUUAAUCUCCAGUUACAUUUGGAUUAAUUUAAUGGGAGUUGUUUUAUUCCUGGUCAUGUGGACAUAUUUCAGAACAUUUUAAAGGGUUUUCAUUUUUUCUUUAUCUUACCAUCCAACUAUAAUGCAGCAAAUACUUUUAACAUUCUUAAUUUCAGUGUCAGUACAUUUAAAAACUCAAGCAUAUUACACAAAUAUGCAAGUAUAACUAUGUAUAAGGGUUUCACGAAUAUGCAAGUGUACUAUAUACAAGAGUUUCUUUCAUACUCAUAAUGAAUCCCAAACUUAAAAUAAUUGCCAAACUUUGCUGUUGUGCUCCUGCAUUUGUGUUUGAGCUGCUAUGUAUUUGUGAAAAUUAUACUAAACAUUGGCCAAGAGACUAUUGAAAAAGCAUGAAUAAACUGUACAUGGGAGAGACAUCUCACUGGCUUAUAUUUUGCCUAAUAUUGUUCACUUUUCCAUGUCUAAUAUCAUCUUGAAUGCUGUGACUUAUAGUUUACUUUUUUCAAAUUAGUUUGCACUUUUUGUUAAUAAAAUUAACUU